UUAUUUUUAGACAAAAAUGAGUUCAAAUGGAGAGGAGCCAUCAGAGGAACCCAGUACUGGACCUGAUAGAAUUCUGCCAGCUACAGAAUACACUAGUUCAGAUCCAAUGGAACCAGUUAAGCUGUGGAUGCCUGAUAAAGAUUGUUGCCCUGAAGAUAUCAGAAAACCGGUUUCCGUUCCAACCCUGCUUACACAAACAGCAUCAAAGGCUGGAGAUCAACCUGCACUAUGCGUGAAGAGGGGAGGAGUAUGGAUAUCCUGGACUUAUAAAGAAUAUUUAGCUGAAGUCAGAACUGUUGCUAAGGCAUUUAUCAAGCUGGGCUUGACCCCCGGCCAUGGGGUUGGUAUCAUUGGAUUCAACUCUCCAGAGUGGUUUUUCUCAGAUCUAGGAUGUGUUUUUGCAGGAGGGCUUGCUGCAGGGAUAUAUCCAACUAACUCAGCAGAGGCUUGCCAGUAUACAUUAGCCCAUUGCAGAGCCAACAUUGUAAUUGUUGAAGAUCAUACCCAACUCAGCAAAAUACUGGCAAUCAGAGAUAAACUACCCAACCUGCUGCAUAUAGUGCAGUAUUCUGGUGAGCCUACGGAGGCCGGAGUCCUAAGCUGGUCUCAGCUGAUGGAGGUCGGGAAGAAAGAGAAGGAUACAGAACUUGAGGCUCGGUUGAAGAAUCUAGCCCCAAACCUGUGCUGCCAUCUAGUGUAUACAAGUGGAACUACUGGCCCUCCUAAAGGAGUAAUGCUUUCUCAUGAUAAUCUUACUUUUACAGCCAGGACUCUUGUAGAACACUAUGGACUUACUUGGGGUGAAGAAAGGCUGGUCAGUUAUCUACCUCUCAGUCAUGUUGCUGCAAAUAUAAUGGACCUCUUUAUGUUUACGUCCUGUGCUGGGACAAUCUACUUUGCAAACAGGGACGCUCUCAAGGGCACCCUUAUAUCUACGUUGAAAGAGGCCAAGCCGACAAUUUUCUUUGGAGUGCCAAGAGUUUGGGAAAAGGUACGUGAAAAGAUGUUGCUUGUAGGCAAGGCAAAUACUGGAAUAAAGAAAGCAGUUGGAAUAUGGGCCAAGAAAACAGGAUUAGAGCAUAAUAAAGCAAGGUUAUCUGGACGAAAAUCGGCCAAACUCUCAUACAAGCUGGCAGACAAGAUAGUAUUCUCUAAGAUCAAAGAUGAACUUGGAUUCUCCCAAACCCACAGCUUCUUCAGUGCGGCUGCUCCCCUGGCACAGGAAGUUAUUGACUACUUCCUGUCUCUCAACAUCCGGAUUUGGGAAAUAUAUGGGAUGAGUGAAAUCAGUGGACCACAGACUGGUAAUGAUAACACCAACUACCGACCUGGAACAAUUGGAAAAGAUUUAGCUGGAUUCCACACUAAACUGGACAGGAAUAGUGCUGGAGUAUCUGAGAUAUGUCCUGAAGGCGGGGAACUCUGUAUGAGAGGAAGAAAUGUGUUUAUGGGUUAUCUAGGAAACCAAGAGAAAACUUUAGAGGUGUUUGAUGGUGACGGUUGGCAUCACUCUGGUGACGUUGGAAAACAGGAUCAAGAUGGAUUCUUUAUCAUUACAGGACGGAUUAAGGAAAUCUUGAUUACAGCUGGAGGAGAGAAUGUUCCCCCCUUUAUCAUUGAAAAUAUGGUGAAGAAUGAACUACCCUGUCUAUCCCACGUAAUGCUGAUAGGAGACAGGAAGAAGUUUUUGUCCUGUCUAGUCACCCUCAAAGUUGAAGUUGAUCAGGAAACCCUUGAACCAAGGAGUAAGAUGACCGAUGAUACAAUAGAAUGGUGCAAGAGUGUAGGAAGUAAAGCAGAAACAGUGGAGGACGUUCUGACCGGCCCUGAUGUAGCGGUCAUGGAUGCUAUUCAGAAAGGAAUGGACAGGUACAAUAAGAGGGCGACCUCUAAUGCGCAGCGUAUUCAGAAAUGGAUGAUACUUCCUGCAGACUUCUCUAUUCCUGGAGGGGAGAUAGGACCCACCAUGAAGGUGAAGAGGCAUGCUGUACUAAAGAAAUACCAGGAGAAGGUAGAGAAAUUAUACGAAUCAUGAUUUCUUGAACCAUGGUGGGUUAGCAGAUCCGAUUGACACACGAGGGUGGGACGCCAGUUUGAAAUAUCAAGAGACAUAAUAAUAGAUUUUGUAAAUGUUAUAGUUUCAUAACUUUUGUACUUGAUAACUUUAAAGCUUUUCCCACUAAGGAUUCAGUAAUUAAGAAG